AUGCACUUCACCACCCCCCUAUCCCUCUCCCUUCUCCUCCCCCUCCUCUCAACCACCGCCUCAGCCGCAAGCUGCACCAUCGACGGCAGCGCUGCAGCCUACCACUGGGAAGUCCGCGCCAGCGGCGUCUACGGCAUCCCCGGGUGGUGCGGCGGCCUGUGGGACAACCUCAACAGAUGGGGCGGACUGUGCAAUCCUUCUUAUCCAUAUUGUAAUGGGCAGGACGGCGAGAUGGUGUGGAGGUUUACGACGAGUGUGGGGUGUAUGAGGGGGCAUGUUGAGUCGGUUUGGUGGGAGGCGACUAAGAAUGAGUUUGGGGCUAUUACUUGUGUGGAUGCGCCGGAGAAGAAGAGGGAGGUGCUGGAUGCACCAGAAAAGAUGAAGAGGGAGGAGUUUAAGGCUUGA